AUGCUAACUUCCGCGAUAGAUAUAUCUACCUCCCCCUCCCCCGCUUCCUCCUUCUCGGAGCGUGCGGAGUCGUUCGUCGACGCCGUGCUGGGCACGGCCGAUAACGGCUCCGCCGCUACCGCUGCUCCUGCCCGCGCCCCCGCGACCGCGCCUACCGCCGCCGCCUCUGCCUCUGCUGCGCUGGCCGCCCUUACGUCGCCCUUCUAG